AUGACUGCGACUACACACUUGAUGACAACGACGGUGGUUACCGUGGUUGCCGUUAUCACUGCCAUCUCGACGUUCACCGCUCUUGCCAUUGUUGGCUACAUUGUGAACGACAUCAACAAAUUCUACGACCACACUAUCGAACAACUCGGUGAAUUUAAGGACCUGGCAAACACUGCAUGGCAUGAAAUGAGACCACAUCCGCACGACGCUUUCCGUCAGAGAAGAGCGAUCAUCGAAGGCCGCGUACGUCGUCAGUUCCCAGAUUUCUGCAACUGCGGUCCGCAAGCUGCUAAAUGUCCCGUGGGACCUCCUGGACCUCCAGGACCACCGGGAGAACCAGGAGAACCAGGCCUUCCUGGAGGAGUGGGUACAGCCGGUCACCAUGGAAUCUCGUUAUCCGGUACAGCCGGAGCAGCUGGUUGUAUCAAAUGCCCUGUUGGACCUCCAGGUCCACCCGGUCUAGACGGCCCUCCGGGUCCACCGGGACCAAAUGGAGAACCAGGAACCGCUUCCGUGGGUGGUGCCCAUGGUACACCAGGACCCGCUGGACCAGCAGGCGAUCAAGGACCGCCAGGAUUACCAGGACCCCCAGGGCCUCCGGGAGCUCCUGGAAAACCAGGCCAAUCUGGAAAAGGUCUACCAGGGCCUCAAGGAGUUGCUGGUCCACCUGGUCCACCAGGUGCUCCUGGACCUAAUGGGUCUAAUGGAAUGGCUGGAACACCUGGUCCAAUGGGACCACCGGGGGCACCAGGAAAUCCUGGAGCACGUGGAACAGAAGGACCUCCAGGAAUGGAGGGAUCCAAUGGUCUACCUGGACACGAUGCCGAGUAUUGUCCAUGUCCACCGAGGUCAACGAAAUUCGAGCGACGUAGUGCCGAUGCUCUGCAAAGUUUCAGUGCUGGCAAUACAGAAAUUAACUCCUACAAUGUUAGACUGAGAGACGACGUGCACUGGGGAGCUACUCAUUCCAAUAGAAAACGUCAUCGCAAGCACAGACACUGA